GCUCCUGACCACCACCAUUUUGACCAACGACGAUCCCAUACCCCAGAUAUCCGGUCCAAAUAUCCAAUUUUUCUGAUUUCAUUUACCCCUUUACGAAACUGGAAUGUAUUCACUCGCUACUCGUUCCGCUCUCAAACGGUCCGUUGCCCCUGUCUCGAGAGUCUCGGUCUUUGUGCCAAGGUAUUCGAGUACUAUGCACGAUAAUGAUCCAGAGGUUCUCGAGCUCGAGAAGCAACGGAACCUGAGAAAUGAGCAACACAAAACCUCUUCCCCAAUCAGAAACGCACCAGGUUGGAACCAGUAUCUCGCAACAGCAUCCGAGGCAGCUGUUAAGGCUGAUCGCGAUGACCUCAAUCCAAGUGAACUCCAAGAACGUACUGUGCAGUAUGUCAAGCAACGACACUCCGUCGAAUCACCCAAUUCGAACCCUGAGCGUGUACCUCCUACACACAAGAAGACGUAUGAAACCGAGGAACGUAUUGAUGCUGCUGAAGCAACGUACGAACGUGACGAAGUUGGCGGACCCCUCAAGGACUCAGGAACGAAGGAGACCGACACAACGGAAACUUACGAGGAGACUGUUAAGACGGACAAGCGGGAGAGUGGCUUGGCUGGAGGCACGUAAAACCAUGGACCAUCUUUAGGCGUAAUGUUGCGUAUGAUGUCAUUUUCUUCCUGACUUUUUCGACAAGUUGCUUGUAUUCGCCGGGUUCACUGUGUAUAACUAGGACUUCGAUUCUGCAUUUGUAUCUGUAGUGUACUUGAUGUACUGCAAAGUUUCAAUUGUAAGACCAUUC